AUGAAUGUCAUCCCGUGCUCGGAUCCCAUCUCAUUGCUGGGCCAGCCCAAACCAGGCUGCAUUGAGGACCGGAGCCACUGCUCCUCGCUCUUCCUCCUUUUCCCCGUGCCCUGGCCUGGGCAGUGGACUUACGGGUCAGCCUUCAGGGCCCACAGCUGCAGCCGCCCCUCUGUCCCUCCCCCGUCUCCCUGUUCUCCGCCUGACCUGCUGCCUUCCUGUUUAGGUCAGUUCUACAGUAACGGAGGGCAUUCUGGGAGUGCCGGUGGCGGCGGCGGCGGGGGCGGUGGUGGCUCCUCAGGCUACAGCUCCUACUACCAAGGCGACAACUACAACUCCCCAGUGCCCCCGAAGCAUGCCAGCAAGAAGCAGCCUCACGGGGGCCAGCAGAAGCCCUCCUAUGGCUCCGGGUACCCAUCCCACCAAGGCCAGCAGCCGUCCUACAACCAGAGCCAGUACAGCAGCUACGGCCCGCCACAGGGCAAGCCAAAAGGCUACAACCAUGGCCAAGGCAACUACUCCUACUCCAACUCCUACAGCUCCCCCGGGGGCGGGGGCGGAUCAGACUACAGCUACGAGAGCAAAUUCAACUACAGUGGUAGUGGAGGCCGAAGCGGCGGGAGCAGCUAUGGCUCAGGAGGGUCAUCCUACAACCCAGGGUCACACGGGGGCUACGGUGGAGGCUCUGGGGGCGGCGGCUCCUACCAAGGCAAACAAGGAGGCUACUCAUCACAGUCGAACUACAAUUCCCCAGGGUCCGGGCAGAGUUACAGCGGCCCUCCCAGCUCCUACCAGUCCUCACAGGGCGGCUACGGCAGAAACGCAGACCACAGCAUGAACUACCAGUACAGAUAAAGCCCCGAGGGGUGAAGAUUUGUACCUUCUGCACUUACCCCACCCCAUUGUAAGAUUCAGUUUUAUGCAUCACAGUUAACAUGUCAGCCGGCCCCCCCCAGGCCUCUCCGCCCUGCCCUGCCCUGUCCACGUUACCGUGUUGUGAGGUGCAGCUGGUCACUCCCAUGACCCGUCCUGUGACCCAUAUUUAGCUGUGUUUGGGACUCCGUGUCUUCAGUGGUUUGUUAGUUGCCAUUACAACUUUGUCCAAGUAGUUUUUUUGAGUUUUUACAGUUAAGUAUCCCUCUGUCUAUUUACAAUUGGUAUUAGUGUUAACUCAGUUUGUCUUCAAAUAGUUACAGAAGGGAUACGUCAUUUGUUAAUGCUUUUGUGAAGUGAGUUAAACAAGCUUUCUGUAUUUUAAUGCUUUAGUGUUUCAGUUUUAUAAGUGAAGAUUUUAUUUUAAAAACCAGUGGGAAAGAGUGGGUUUUUUUUGUAUGUCUGGAUCAUUCAGGCAGCACAUCUGAAUUAAGCUGAAUGUAGACAAAUAAAGAAAAAGAAAACCACGCCCGUCAUAGGCCUGGGUGUCUGACCCACCAGCAGUGCGAUGGGUAGGUUCCUUGACUGUUCCCAGCAAAAGGGAAGCAGGGCGGGGACGGCAGGGCAGUCCCCGGCCACUAGAGAGGGCCCAGCUCCAGGCCUCUAGAUGCCUUUGCUCCAAGGUUGGCUGGGGCCAGUCCGUCAUUACCUGGGAACUUCCAGACAGGUGUCCCUGCAGGGUCCACCGCCUGCUCCUGGUAGCCUGCGGAGCAGCUUACAGCGGCCCCUGCUGGGGCUUGGGCACGUAAUUCAGCAUGUUUUGUUUUCUGCUCUGUGAAUUCUGGUUAUAGUGUUAUGGGCAAUUUGCCAUCACCAUGGAGUAAAAUGUCCUCGUAGGUGUGGUACGUGUAACCUAAUUUGAAAAAGGCUGAUUGAGUCUGGCUGAAGCACCUUGGGGUCUUGGGAACUCUGCCACGGAACCGUCUGUGCUGGAAGGACGCUUUGUGCCUGUGGCUGCAGCCUUGCCCCCCUGGUGCCAACCCCUAUCCAGAGGCUCCAAGUACACAGUCGGGGUUCUUUUUAGUGGCCCACCCUGUCCCCACAAGAUUCCUUAGAGCAGUGCUUCUCAGUCCUGCGCGAUUUUGGAGUGUUUGGGGACGUUUGUUAGCGUGGCAGAGGCCAAGGAUGCUGCUGAACGUCAGCUCCGGCUGCCUUUACGCAGGCUGCAGCUGGGCCUCUGGGAAGAGCCCCGAGGACAGGGCCUGAGGCCGCCCUCUGCAGGCUUCCUUCUCAUCCCUCAGACCAGGCGCUGUCCACUGCCUCUCCCCCAGGCACCUCCUGUGCUUGUAUUAACCACAGCCUUUGAGAAAAGCUCAAAACCAUUCUUGACUUAGAAUCACUCAACUGAUGCAGAAAAUCCAGUGUGCCUUCAAAGGAUGAAGAGGUGCCUUCUUUGAGAGGCAAAAGAAAGCUUCUGUACUAAAAAAUAGACAUUGGAAGAAGUUGGCUUUCUGCUGGAGCACAGGGGGCCCCAGGGUCCAGGGGAUCAAGCCCAGGGAGAAGGUCCCACGUGAAGCCAGGCCGAGAGGUGGCCUGCAGUGCCCUGAGACCCUCGAGGGUGUGCACCAGUGGUGACGAGGCAGAUCUGAGGGAUGGGUCCCCGCCCCAGCUUUGAUGGGAAGCGUCCAUGGCCUGUGUCUUCUCUCCCAGAUGCACUGAGGCGCUAUAGGACAGAGACCCACGCAAGAUCAUCGGGACCUUGUGUUUGAGGUGAGAGGGUUCAGCUUGUGUGGAUGGAACCCCCAUCACUCAGAAAUCACAGGGGUGGACCACCGAGCCUACCUGCCUAAGGCCUUCACCCUGGGCCUGCAUCCUGAACAGUGUCAGCCUGUGACCAGUUUCCAAGCAGCCACCAGCACCGCCACGGUCAGUAUCUGAAUGCAGAUCUACCAAGAGCAGGAAUCCUGACAAAGGCGGUGGAGAAAGCUGUUCCAGGCUGUCUUGAUGCGGAGACAAGCCCUCAGGGAGCUGGGACCUGGUGCCGUGGUCAUCCUCUGUGAGGCAGGGCCAGGCCCCGGCAGCUUAUCUGAGUGGGUGCCAGUCUGGAGUCUCUGGGUCUAGCCAGAGUCGCUCCCAGGGCCAGGAUGAUUUUUGUUGAUCUGAAAGAAGUUCAUUGCCAAGAGCAUGGAGCACAUCUGAGCAGCAGGAUCGUGGCUCGUCUCUCCCAGCUUCUUGUGGCUCCUGGCAUUCCCUGGCUUGCGACAGCAUCACUCCAGUCUGCCUGCAUCUCCGCACGAUCUUCUCCCUGUGAGUCUCUGUCUCAGAGCUACUUCCUCUUGUUUUGUGAGGACACCAGUCAUUGGAUUUAGGGUCCACCCUAAUCUAGGAGGAGCUCAUUUCAAGAUCCUUAACUAGAUCUACAAAGACUCUUUCCAAGUAGGUCACGUUCAUAGGUAUUAGCUAUUAGGACUUGGACAUACUCUCUGGGGGGAUACCAUUCAACCCACUGCACGGCUGAGUGAAGGUUCCACUCUCAGCCCAGCUGGCAUAGCCCUGCGAGUUGAUUGGCCUUGGCUAGGAUCACUGUGGUCAAGUCUAGAUAGCAGCACAGAUCUCUUGACACUCUAACUGUGCUGGGGGACCCUAUUGGUGCCAGCGGCCAGCAGCGGUAUCUCAGCCUUCAGGAUCUGCCGUCCCAGGAAGCUGGGUUCAGGAAGAUGUGGCUGACAGGUUGAGCACUGGAGAAGGCCUGGGCGCUCGUGUGUCACCUAUUUAGCGCUAACCAAGGUUUUCCAAGCCCAGGAAGUCUGCAUGGAGGAGGUUCUCACUAAGCUGUGGCUCCGGCGAAUCCUUGGCCCACGUGCUGCUGGAGGAAGGUGUCAUGCAUUUUGUCACCAACAGAGAUCAGAAACAUCAGCAGAAGAGACUGGUGGUGUGCACACUUGAUCAGCAGGUUGAUCAGGAUGGGGUGUCCUGGUGGAUAGGCCCAGGGAUCAGUGACCCAGGACUGGACGCACUACCCCAGAAGGCUCAGGAUGCCUUUGGAAGGAAGGGAGAAAGACCUCAUGACAGACCAGCUGGACAUGUGUGUGGUGGGCUGAGAUUGACCUCAGACGGUGGGGGUGGGGAGUGCUUGCAGGCCGUUUGGACUGAUUCCAGGGGGAGGCAUUGGAAGUUGGUGACGAAAGGGGGUGUCUGGGCAGUAAUGGGGGCGCAGACCCAGGAUUUCUCUCUAUAUAUAGGUGAGUCACUGUGGCCCUGAUUGUCCUUCUGGGCUGGGGCCCAGUCUGAUCUGAAGUCACCAUCCAGCUGCCCCGCUAUAUUCCUCCCUAGCAAGGAAACAUUUCACUCUCCUCCUGACCACUAACCAUUAUUGUGUAGUCAUCAGGGCCUGCCCUGCCCCUAAGGACUCAGAUACGGUCACCUAGGCCUGGCCCUCUGCAGCGGGGCUGUGGGCCUCAAGGUGAGCCCUACGCUGGCUGUGCUCUGAGACCUCUCAAAACAAUUUGGGGCAACAGUACAGCAAGCCUUGGCCCAAAUGGUCAUUUUCACCCAUGGCAGAAUAAAUGAAAACUUCACAUGUU